CCCCCCCGCUGACGUGGCGCCCACCUCCCUCCCUGUCCCUCUCUCUCAUGGAGAAACAGAGGAGCUCACGAGACUUUAAAGGCUGACGCUUUAACAUUCUUCCCCUUCCAUGUCAACCCCAGGAACCCGAACACACACCCGCCAAGCACGACAGUGAAGGAGAAACAGGGCCGGAACGCUUGGGAGAAGGAGUCGAGUACAGUGAAGAGAGAGGAGAGAGAAUGGUGGAGAUGACCAGCGACCCUGCCAUCAGGCUCUUCGGCAAGAAGAUCCCCCUGUCGUCCGCCGGGGAGUCGCCGGAGGCCUCCUCCGGGACGGCGUGGUUUACUCGGGCGUGAAUUCGGAGGAGGACGACGAGGGCUCCGAGAAGUGUCAUUCCAUUGAACACUUUGCCAUGGAAGUGCAAGAAGAUGAUGACCAGGUUUCACCAGAAACGGUGAACCCCAAAACACCCUCUAUUGAGGAAGAAUCUGCUAAAACGAAAGCUUCCGGCAUCGAUCAAGAACAGGGCGAUUCGUCGAACUCGCAGGAGAAGCCCCCCCUGAAGAAGCCGGACAAGAUCAUACCUUGCCCGCGAUGCAACAGCAUGGACACCAAGUUCUGCUACUACAACAACUACAACGUCAAUCAGCCCCGGCACUUCUGCAAGGCCUGCCAAAGAUACUGGACGGCCGGCGGUACCAUGCGGAACGUUCCCGUGGGAGCUGGGCGCCGCAAGAGCAAGAGCUCAGCUUCGCAUUAUCGCCAGAUCACUCUCUCUGAGGCUCUUCAGGCAGCUCGAAUUGAUGCUCCAAACGGGACUCACCUCCCAAAUGGGAAGAUCAACGGUACUGUUCUCACCUUCGGCUUAGAUCCAUCUGCUGGUGAUUCCAUGGCUGUUGCCUUGAAUCUCUCCAAUAAGGAAGGAUCAGCUAUGAACAGAAUGCAGAAUGGGUUUUGUGACUUCGGAAGGAAUGGGGUUUCGGUCCCUCAAAGAAGUGGAGAGAAGAAUGACGAUUGCUCUAGCCGAUCUUCUGUCGCGAUCUCGAACUUGACAGAAGAAGGAAAUGGGAAUUCCAAUCUGGAGGGAUCCAGUGCCAAUGGAUUCCAUCCUCAGUUUCCAUGCUAUCCGGGUGUUCCUCAGCCUUAUCCAUGGAAUCCUGCGAUGCUUCCACCACCCUUUUAUCCUUCAGGAUUUGCUGUGCCGAUUUACCCUGCACCGCUUUGGAACUGCGGCCUCCACAGCAGCUGGAAUUUCCCUCUGCUGUCGCCUCCGAGCCAAAAGGGAUCGAAUUCAGGACCAGAUUCGCCGACUCUUGGGAAGCAUGCAAGAGAAGGCGAGAUGGUUGAAAAGGUUGAUUCUGUGGAAGACGAGCCCAGGAAACGGAAGAACGGAUGUGUUUUGGUCCCGAAGACUUUACGCAUCGAUGACCCAAGCGAGGCAGCGAAAAGUACUAUAUGGGCUACUCUGGGGAUCAAGAAGGACUGGCUAGGGAAGGACGGGUUGUUUCAGGGCUUCCAAUCGAAGGGCGAGGAGAAAAAUCACGUAUCAGAAACCGCAUCUGUUUUGUGCGCUAACCCUGCAGCCUUAUCGAGAUCUAUCAAAUUCCACGAGAGCUCUUGCGUCUAGCUCAUGAUAACUACAGGUAGAAAUAACUACAGAAAACUCUUGAAACUGGGCUGCCAUCUUUCUUUGGUGAUUGCAGUGACUUGCAUCGUUUAGAACAGAGAAAGGCAAGACAUUUGAUGGCCGAGACAAGCAGAGGAUAGCAAUAGACCUUGACUUGCUGGAGUUUGCAGCCAGUUAGUUUUAACCCGAUGGGGUUGUUUCCUUUUCUUGUGUGCUAAUUAGGUUGAAUGCACGCGCUUGUACAUAACUCUUGUAAAUUAUUCGGACGAGAUGGAGAGAACUUUUUUCUGAAUUUUGUACCAGUUCUUCAUGUCUCUUGAGAGAUGUUUGUUAAGUGCAUCCUGAAUCAAAACAGUGAUGUUUUAAACCUCUUCGAUUUCUCCUAGUUUUCUUUGUAAUAUUCCAACAAAGAAUAUCAUCAAGAUGUUCCUGAGAUGA